GAAUGCCCGCAGCAGCAGCAGAGAGCAGGAGGAGAGCAGACAGGCGCACUCAGCACAAUGGUGAGACACACACGACUGUUGAGACAACGGUGAAUUACUUAGGUUACUGUGACCGGUUUAUUAUAGGUAGCAGUGUUUGACACUCAGAGGGGAUGUCUGGAGUUUGAAGAUGAAAUACGGCUUUGUGAGGAGUUUCACAUGACUCCAAACAACAGAUCCCAACAGCAACCUCUGCGCAGAAUGACAGCAUGUCUCUUAGGUAAAAGUUUAGGAAGGUGGAGGAGAGGAUGGUGUGCCACAGCGAUGAAGACCCUGUCGUCUAAUCAUGCACUGAAGCCCCUGGUUCCCACCCUCUGCCUCGUGGUGGUGGUGAUAUACGGCCUGGCGGACAAACUCCGCAACUUUGUGGCCGGCAUCUUCAUCCCUCAGUACCACUACCCCUAUGCGGUAGCUCUCUGCUUUGCCCAGGUUCUGGUCUCUCUCUUAGUCCUAAACCUCCUCCAUGUCCUGGAUCUGGUGCCUCUGAAGCACUACUCCAGGUCCCUGGGUGAGAGAGUGCUGGUGCCUUCUAUCUGUAACAGCGUCCAUGCUGUGCUGGCCAUGUGGGCCAAGGCUAGCAGCUCGUACGCCGGGCUCUUUCCCCUCAUGCUGCCUCUGCUGCCCAUCGUAACUGUGGGCUUCAGUUUCUCUCAGAAGCUGGUGUCUCUUCCAUCUAUCCACAUCUGCAUCCUGAUUUCCAUCCUGGGUGGGACGUCUUUUGUCAUCACAGCCUCCCAGGGUCUGUCAGGUGUUGAGCCUCUGGAGUACAUGUACGCACCUCUGGCUUUAAUCCUUCACAGUCUCUCUCUGACUUGGCUGGCUAAAGUGUCCGAGGCCGAGCGUCGCCACUCCCCUGAUGCCCAGGCCUCUGUUUUUGACAUCUACUACACCCAGCUGGUCAACCAGAGCUGGGUGCUGGGCCUCCUGUGGCUGCUGCACCCGGACAGUCCCUGGCAGGUGUUGAGUCACGGCAGCUGGCAAACCCUGCUCUUCCAUGGGUACCUGCUGGCUAUUCUCCUGCUGGGGAUGGUGCUCAACUUCCUGGUCAGUAUGUCGGCUCUGUGUGUCUCGCCGCUUGCUGCUGCACUGCUGCACUCGGCAAGGCAGAUGAUGCAGCCGUUCCUCCAGCUUUUGUAGUUUCACUUGACAGGACUGAGACAAAUGAUUGACUGUUUUGUACUGUAUCAAUGCAACACACACAGAUUGCAAUUUAAUCCACAUCAGUGUCAUUUUAUGUGAAGAAACACAAGUUACAUCGCCUUCUUUCUUCCAUUAAACAUGAGAUAAAAUACAGAACAUCAGCACCGAAGCUACAGGCAUUACACCGUUACCAUGACAGUAUCAUGAAACCAAUUGACAAGCUUUUGAUUUACAGUGGGUCCAAAAGAAUAAACGAAGACCAGUGUUUAUCUUUAUCUCUUCUGUAAUUAACCAUGACUCAGUUGACACAUCAUUUAGCAAAUACAUAAAUGAAGACUUUUAGAUUGUUCUUAUUUUAGCUGCAUUAUAUAUUUAUUUCAAAUACUAAAUGUAAAUGCCCUUAAAGGAACAGUGUGUAAGAUUUAGGAGGGAUUAAGUGGCCUCUAGUGGUGAGGAUUGCAGAUUACAAACAGCUGAAACUUCUCCUGGUUAGAUUUCCUUCAGUGUCCAUUGUUCUGGAGGUUUUAACCAGGAGACUAAAGCCUAGAAAAGCCUCAGAAAACACUGAUCAAAGCAGUUUCAUGUUAAAAAAAAAAUCAGUGUUUUUUCCAAUGUCCUCAUCAUAGAGGGGCUGCUAACGAAAAAAUGUAAAAACACGAAUGGCCUUGUCUAGAACCAGUGUUUGGUUUGUCCAUUCUGGGCUACUGUAGAAACACGGCAGUGCAACAUGUCGAUCUCCGUAGAUGAGGACCUGCUCCCUAUGUAGAUACAAACAGCUCAUUCUAUGGUAAUGAGAACACAACAGUUCUUAUUUUCGGGUGAUUAUAAACCAAUGUAAACAUAUUUAUUAUAUUUAUUUUUUUCUGCCAGUACAUUCCCCUAAAUCCUCCACACCUUAAUGCAUCUCUUUCUCUAACAUUGUCACUUCUGCUUAUGCCGUUGCUUACACUGUGUGAGAACUUUGAGGACUAAUGUUGCAAAAUGUUUGCAGGGGAUGAGAUAAUGUCAGAGAGCUUAAGCGGUUGGGCACCUGUACAGGACAGGAUGCAGAAUAAACAGAUCACCAAACCACCUAAACAAACACUGCCUGUUCCAGUUAGGUGAAGAACGUUGGGUACUCUUUAUUAAAAACAAUGACAAACCAGGGCCGGAGUGUGAGAGCAGCAGAUUUAAAACCAGUGACAAUGACAGAACAGCAGCAUGAGUCAAACAACAACAUUAUUAUUUUAGUGUUGAAGCAAAUAGCAAAUCAUUCAUUAAAAACUGAGGACAUUUGAGGAUAAACCUGAUAAACAAUUAAAGAGUUAUUAAUAGUGUAAGCAGACUUUUGGACCCUCCUGUAAAUAUGUCAUCA